GUCAAACUUUGACAACAAAAUAAGAUGAAAAUUUUUAUCUUUACUCCAAUUUUAUCAACGGUUCUAUUUAUGGAAUAUCAGAAUCCGGUUUUACAUUUCUAAAUAAUCAUCAGCAUCAUUUCAGAAAAUGUCGGCAUUUUUCAAUAAAUUGGGCCGAACACUUCCUCAAUUGUUCAGGGCCACUUCAAAUGUAACCAAGAUUCAGAACUCUGUAGUGAGUUUUUCAUUAGUCAUAUGCAUUUUAGCUUCAUCUGCUUAUGCUCCAAGAGUCCAACAACCGGCACCUAAUUUCAAAGGAACUGCAGUUAUAGGAGACAGUUUCAAAGAAAUCCAACUUUCGGACUAUAAGGGAAAAUACGUAGUUUUAGUUUUUUAUCCACUAGAUUUCACAUUCGUUUGUCCAACUGAAUUAAGAGCACUCCAGGAGAAAUAUGAUCAGUUUAAGAAAUUAAACGCAGAAGUUAUUGGAUGCUCUAUAGAUUCCCAUUAUUCUCAUUUAGGUUGGAUCAAAAUGCCCACUAAAGAAGGUGGUUUAGGUCCAAUUUCUUAUCCUUUGUUGUCAGAUAUUAACAAAACAAUAGCAAGAGAUUAUGAUGUUUUAAUUGAAAAAGAGGGUAUUGCGUUGAGAGGAACUUUCAUAAUAGACCCUAAUGGAAUUCUCAGACAAAUGACGGUCAAUGAUUUGCCCAUAGGUAGAUCGAUUGAUGAAGCAUUAAGAGUUAUCGAAGCUAUUCGAUUCCACGAUGAACAUGGCGAGGUUUGUCCAGCCAAUUGGCAGAAGGGUGGUAAAACUAUCAAACCAGAUCCAGAAGGAUCCAAAGAAUAUUUCAAGACUACUUAAGUUUAAAUAAAAUACAUAUAUUUUGUAUAUGAGCCUGAUAUUGAGACAUCCCAUUUUAAAGAGAAAAUAAAAAUCUUUGGUUGUUA